ACUUUCAACCUAACCAACCCUUCAAAUUCAUUUUUUGUUCCCCCUCUGAAGAGCUCCCUCGUUACACCCACAAUAUCUGACCUUCCACGCGGCAAAGCUACUGUGUAAUACGAUAUCAGUACCAUCAUCUUCUGUAGUCUUCCCAACGGCUCAGAUAUCAUCCAUCCAUCUCCACCUAGCCCACCACUUGAGCCUUUGCGAUAGUAGUUUUUUUGAAGAAAACAACAACAGUCAUUCCCGCGGCACUCCGCGCAAUGUUCAAGUCUCUCCGAACACUUCUAUCAUGUUCCCGCUACCCUAACCGCUUUACGAACGAUGGUGGCGCAAUAUACCGCGUGCGGUUCGUCCCUAAAGAGCGUCGAUUCAACACAUUUACUCGAGCAUUGAUAUGGCUUAGCGGAUUUCAGCUCGCGGCGAAUGGGUUGUUGCAGAUAUAUGGGAACGGGUGGGAGAAUCCAAUUUUUAUACCACUAGGGUUUGCGGAGUUCGUCUCUGAGAGAGAGUAUGGACCUGAUGAUCCGGAGCAUGCUAUGUAUAUGAAGUUCAAGAGAGACCCACGGAGGGCGCUGGAAGGGAAACGUGAAUUUUUUUCCCUCUGCUUUGUCUGCCGGGGUUUGGAAAUUGUGGGGUUAGAGCUGAUAGCUUCGUAGGAAGAGUCGUCGACGCACUCAUCGACUAUCUUGGGAAAAGAUAUGGAAAGAAGUUUGGCGGUAACAUCGAACCUGAGAUUGUGACUGUAUACUACCACUACCCGUGAGCUGCCCCUGCCAAAAGUGUAUCUUUCAGAACUUUUCUAAUGACCAUCGCAGGCUCCGACCUCGAGAAUAUAAACGCAAAGGGUGGGUUCACACAUCCCUUCUCAAACUCACGAGCUAACUAUCCCUAGUCUAAAGAUAUCCCCACCACUGCCACUCCCAGACGACACUCCACCUCCCUUGCGCAUCUCAAACCUAACCUACGAAUGGACCACCCGGCCCAUCCCCACUGCAACAAUGCACCGCCUAAUAACAGCCUUCUACCCAACCUGGAUGUUCUCAUCAGUAACUACCUCUCUCCAACACACCUACACCUUCCUCCAAGCCACUCACUUCUCCACCCUAACCUCCCCCACUUCCUCCCCAAUUAACCUCGGCAAGCGUGCAAUCUCCCACGGCAUCCAAUCCGGCCUUGUACACUUACGCCGCACUUACCGUCGCCCGCCCGCCCCGCAAGGGCACGUGGUCCUAGAUGGUCUCGUUCAAGUUGCCGGUGACAAACUCCGCGUGGCGAUGGACGUAACAGUCAGCUUCCAUCCGGAAGACCUCAAUUCCAUCAUCUUCCACAAGAUAGAUGUGCGCUACGUCGCCAAAAACAACAAGCCGCGGAAGGUCACCGCGCCCCCAGUAGUGCCUCCGGGGCAGUCACCCUCGCACCAAGUCACGACUAUUAGAGUUGUAGUGGUCAAGUCCGCGACUGAGCAACCAAAGACUGAAAUCAUCGAGGCCGCUGCAGCACUGCAGCGGAACAAUGUGGAUAAGGCGAGGAGCUUCAUAGAUAAGCAAGACAAGGAGCGGAAGAAGGUGAAGAAGGAAGCUGUCGAAGUCGGUGUCGAGAAGGAAGUCACAGCUGUGGCACCCAGCGCGGAGGGGGCAGCGGUAGAAGGUCCGACCCCACCGGUCUCACCAGGGGAAGAAGAGAAGGAGAGGCCAAAGAGGGCCGGGGAUGAUGCUGCUUCCUCAAAGUCAUGAGACUGUUAUUGUUGUCGGGGUUGGGGUUAUCGUGAACAGGCGGGGCAACUUAGAUACUUCUCAGCUUCUUCAUUUCAUCUCAUUUUGCAUUCUGGGUGUUU